ACAGGAGUGUUACUCUGUUUUUGUCGCAGUUCAGAUUGGGCUGCUUCUGCGCACUCCUAUCAUGAUCCUCUUUAUCAACAUAACGCUCAUUCCUCUGUGUGUUGACUUUAACAGUCCGGGAGAUUAUUUUAUUUUUAUUUUUCACAUCAUGUCCGGGAUUAGCACUGUGCUAGUGGCCGGUUCAGUGGCAUGUGGUAUUAUUAACACCCAUGCACUUUUAAGACAAAACCGGUUUAUAUUUAUGCUGAACACAAGUAUUUGUGAUACAAUGACCGGCUGUGGUAUUUUCUAUGAAUUUCUCUUUGAUGUGCGGUUGGGCUUACCUUUCAUGAAUGACACUUACUACAUGUUACCAUCUCUUCUUGGAGUUAAUAUCAUGACGUUCCUAUUCGCCCAGUUUGAACGAUAUAUUGCCGUGUGUCAUCCAUUUUUUUAUGGUCGUUUUAUCAGCAUAAGAGUGAUUGUGGGUGUCAACGUGUAUAGCUGGGUGCAUGUUUACGGUCAGCUGCUCGUACAACACAUGGUGCCACUUUCUACAGCCAUGAAGAUCGCAACAUACAGCAGAAUUAGUUUGUUGCCGAUAAUUUUCAUAAAAAUAACCAUAACAAUAAAGUUGCUUAUCGUGGCGAAGUACCAUCUCCUCCGAGAGCCGCCGGGCCGGGAGAGAGACAGUAAGAAGGAGUCCUUGUUGAUUAUAAUAGUGGUGGUGGUCAUGUUUUUUCUGCUGCUGUGGGGCCCAUCCUUGCUCUAUUCGAUUGUAUCUCAGAUGACGGGGAAAGACUUUGUCUUUAAAAACGACGCCGUUAACCCAAUGAAAAAUUUAACCCGCAGCAUCGCUCUGGGUACUCCGUCUAUCUACCUAUGGGCGAGCCCUUCACUCAGGACGGCCGUGUGGAAAACCGUGUGGAGCAAAAUCUGCUGCUGCAAAAGGUUGGUCGGACUUAUUAUGUUAAGGGUAAACUAAUGCUUUAUUGACUGAGGAGUGUUCAAACUUGACAGAGAGUUCGUUUCAAUGGCUGCAUCUCCAAAUUAACAUAAAUACAAUUGAAACAGAACGUAUUCAAUUCCACCCAGUGUGAACAUGCGUUAUUUUGUAGGUUACUUUAAUUUUAAUAAGCAGAAUGCAAUGAGAAUGAAACUGAUGAUCUAAUUUAAAUAACAGUGGCCGGAGGC